AUGGCACACGAUGUCGAUUUGCAGCAGACAAUCCUCCGCAAAACGCUAGACGAGGUGGUUGAGAGUCAAUCCGGCUGCAAUGAUGUCAAUCUUAACCCCUGCGUGAUCUGCCUCGACCAGGUUACGGAGGGUGCCAUCGCGCUCCCCUGUGAACAUGGUAGUUUCGACUUUCUAUGCCUUCUGAGCUGGCUGGAACAACGCCCAUUUUGCCCAUUGUGCCAAGCUGUCGUCUCGAGGGUCAAAUAUGGACUAGAAUCUGAUCUCCCCUCAGGCCCAAAAAUCUAUUACGUUCCUGCUCCGCAAUCACCACCCACAGUUAGACAUCCAGAUUCAGCUGCUGGAACUGCAGCACGUUUCCAUCCAAGAAGAUUUCGCCGCCGCCCACGCCGAGACCAACUGCAACCUGAACCCCCAGCCUCAGAUGACCCAAUCAUCCGACGACGGCACAUAUAUCGCCACCAACUCUACUCACGACGAGUAGGCUCUAACCGCCUCUCUCAAUACCGCGAGCUUACACCCCAGCAUUUCAAUCACGACACAGACCUCGUCUCACGGGCGCGCACGUGGAUCCGUCGCGAACUGCGGGUUUUCGCCUUCUUGAACCCGCACAGUACUGAGGGAGAUGGUAACUCAACAGCCGCAGAUAAUAGUGGCGGGCGCAUCAGCAACAACGCUGAAUUCCUGCUUGAAUACAUCAUUGCAAUAUUGCGCACAGUGGACAUGAAGGGGAGUGGUGGACAGGCGGAGGAGUUGUUGCAGGAAUUUAUCGGACGCGAUCACGCGCGUUUGUUCCUGCAUGAGUUGCAGGCGUGGUUGCGGAGUCCGUAUAAUUUGUUGACAGAUUGGGAUCGGGCGGUACAGUAUGAUGAGGAGCCUGCGGUGGGGGACGAGCGAGUCUCCUUGCCGCGUGCAGAGGUGGAAACGCCUGGAGAUGCAGGGAGAUAUAUACAUUCAAGCUCCCGUUCUUCGUCCUCGUUGGCACCGUCUUUUACUUCCCGGAACCGUGACCGUAGACGGUCGUGUCCUGGAAGGAUUUCGAAGAAAACUGGCUUAACUGGUAAUAGGGUUUAUACCAGGGAUACUCACGAUGGAUAUAGCUCCGUUUCGCGGGCGAGGAGGAUACAGCGUGCGCGGGAUAGGUAUCAACCUGAUUGA